AGAUGAAUACAUUAGUACUUUUGAUAAUUUCCUCGCCAAAGAUGGAAAACGUGCAAUGCUUAUACAUUUUCAAUCUAUGGAACCACCAUCACAUGAAUCAGGAAGGUGGAAUUCACAGUAUGAAGAGAUUAAAAGAAUGACACGUUGCUGUGUAACUGAUGGUUCUACUGAAGAGCUUUCUGGCAAAUGUGUUAUAGUUUAUAGAUUAAAAUCAGAUAUAGAUUUUGAAACUAAACACCUACUUGAAGAAACAUUUUAUGCUUAUGCAGAAGUUAAUCCUAUAUCCCAGAGUGCACUUGCAGCUAUAUCAGAAUUAAUUUUAAGAUUAAAUCUGCCAGCGAUAACUACAAACACAUUAUGGGGUGAAUUAUCAAAAAAUGAAGCUGGAGAGAAAGUGAUAAAUAAUUUUAUUUGCGAUUUUAGAGAUUUCUGUGAAUUUCUGAGUAUGACCAAGAUAGAUUUGGAGAGCAUAGUGAAAUUUGAAAUUGACUGGAAAAUAUUUAACAUGUACUUGGCAAUGCCAGGAGAUAGUUUAAAAAAGACUGCUAGCAAUCUAUCAGCUAUUAAUGCAGUAGAACAUAUUGUCAGAAAAUGGAUGAAGAGUAUAGAGAGGGCUGUUGUAGAAAGUCAACAAUUACGCAGAGAAACUGAAACAAUGGGACCAAAUGUAGAACUCUUUUACUGGAGAAGACUUUUAGUGCGUUUCUCAUCAAUAAUGGAACACAUUAAAUCUCCCACUACUCAAAAGCACAUAGAAUUUUUAACACAAGUAAAAUCCAAACAUAUAAAGAAAUGGAAAAUUCUAGAAGACCAUGUUAAAACCAUACAGAUUCUUGCAGAGGAUAAUGUAAAAUAUUUAUAUGCAUUAGAAAAAUUUACUCAGCCUUUAUACAGGUUUGAUCCAACUAAAAUUGGAGAAUAUUUACCCCCUCUUAUGUAUGCUAUACGAAUGAUAUAUGCUACUUCAAGAUUUUUCAACACAAGAAGAAUGGUCACAGCAGUUUUUGUAAAAAUGACAAAUCAAAUGAUUUUAGCAUGUAAAGCUUAUCUUACGGACAAUAACAAAGUAACAGUUUGGAAUGAAGUUAAAUGUGUGAUGAUAUCUAAAAUAAAGGAUUGUAAAAAAUUGUGUGAACAAUAUUAUGAAUAUUAUAUUUUAAUGUGUAAACAAGUAAGAGAAUCCAUUGACGAAAAGCCUUUUGAAGUAUCUGAGAUGUACGUUUUCGGAAAGUUUAAUACUUUCAAGAACAGAAUAAUAAAAGUUAAUUAUGAUCCUCUGGAUCAUAGAAAACCGUAUUUUGAUACUGACUACAAUAAAUUUAAAAAAAAUGUUGCACAAACAGAGACAGAUUUACGAAUAUUUUUUUAUAAAUGUGUUUCGGAGGCUCCUAAUAUAACAGAAGCACUGAGAGUAGUAGCAAGAUUUCAGAAAUUGAAGUUUAAGCAUCUGAGAAUUGAUAGGAAGUAUCUAGAACUUGCUACAUUGUUUCAAAAAGAAAUUGAAGAUGUGCGAGACCGAUAUAACGAAGAUAGAUCAGAUCCACCAAUACCCAGAAAUGUUCCACCGAUUUCUGGUCGUAUUUUAUGGAUUAGACAACUUUAUAGGCUGAUAACAUGGACAUCUUUAAAUAUUACCGAAGUAUGUGAUCAAAUAAAGGAAGCUUUCACAUCUAUGCAUAUCUUCGUUAAAGAAAUAACAGAUAUGAAGGAGGCAAGAGUCGAUGAAGUAUUUGAAUCUAUUUCAGAAGCUAUAUUAUUCAAACUUGAUAGUUAUCCUAAAAAGCCAACUGAACUUUUGGAUGACAAUGUUGCCUACAUAAAUAUGGUAGGCAGUGAUCUUGAAAUGAAAUCAUUGGCAGCAGAAAAAGCUGUUAUAACAAUCAUUAAUAAAUUCAUGGGCUUCAUAGUUGAUGAAUCUGUUCAAAAUGUUAAAUAUGAUUGGAUGGAUUUAGAUAAAGUGCAUAAACAUGUUUCACAAACAAAAUUAAUAAAAGAAAAAUAUGAACCAGGAUUUGCUCCUAUUGAAAGGACUCAUAAAGUUCAAAUAAAUAAAGUGCAUAACGAUUGCAUGGAACUGUUUGCAUUCUUUAAUAAUAAACUUGUAGAGGCUUUAGUAAAAUGUACAAAAAACUCUCUUGAACUGCUAAAGAAACAGGUCGCUGAUUUAAGUCCUCUCAUCAUGGAUAGUAAUAGUUUAGAGCAGCAACAGACUCCAAUAAUGAUAACCACGUUUGUGUUACAAAUUCCAAAUAUUAUAAUUUCACCGCCAAUAGAAGAUUUACAACAUUACUUCGGGAAGUUAAUAAUUAGCGUAUUAGAAACUCAUAAACAUAUUAUUACAUGGGGACAACGUUACACGGAUAUAAGAUUGUCCGGUGUAAGUUCUAAAGGAUCGCUGAAAAAUUAUUAUCAAAUAUUAUCUGAUCACAAAGAAAUAGUACGCUCCGUAAUGAGCUUGCAGGGUGUAAUUUCUUCCUACAAAGAUGAUAUCGUGCAGCUUGGAAAUAUAUAUUUACGAUAUUCUUAUAUAUGGUCUGAAGAAAGAAACAAGAUGAUUCAAUAUUUUGUUGAUUCUGAACCUAUUAUUCAGGAAAUCAAAGAGAAGUUUAUUGAGUAUGAUGAUUUAGUUAAAGAAAUACAGGAUUUACCAACUAGCCAUAUUGUUGGACCUAUACAAAUAAAAAUGGACAAACUGAAAUUAGCACUUUUAGUUGAAGCCCGUACAUGGAAAACAGUUUUAGGGCAAAUGUUAUCUACUAUGUAUAAAGAGAAACUUAGAAAGAUUACUGAAUACAUUAAUGAGAAGAAUAAAAUUUUGACUAGAGACAUAAAAGACUUAGAAGAUGUCAGAGUUGCUAUGAAGUGUUUGAGUGAAAUAAGAGAUGAUUUUAUAUCCUUAGAUACGGAAUUAAUAUUAAUAGAAGAAACCUACACAUUGAUGGGUAAAUUUAAUAUUCCUGUUUCAAAAGAGGAACAGGAUAUUGUUGACAGUCUCAGAUACAAUUUCACCAAUAUGUUAAAUAUGGCAAAACAAGUUCAAGCAAAAAUCUGUGAAAUGCAAGAGCCACUGAAGAAAGAAUUAACUGAUGGUGUUGCAGCAUUUAAACAAAAUGUGAUUGAUUUUGAUCGCGACUUUGAGGUGAAUGGUCCAAUGGUGGAGGGUAUACCAGCUAAAGAAGCCAGUGAUCGGCUUCUCUUAUUUCAAGCACGUCUUGACGAAUUAUGGGAAAGAUAUUUGACUUACAGUAGUGGUGAAAGUUUGUUUGGUUUAGAGUUAACCGAAUAUCCAGCUCUUCAUCAACGCAAAAGAGAAAUUAAUUUAUUGCAGAAAUUGUAUUCUCUUUACUUGCAAGUUAAUCGGACUAUCGACAGUUACUACGAGAUACCUUGGUCUGAAAUUGAUAUUGAGUCCAUAGUUACAGAAUUAGCUGAUUUUCAGAACAAAUGUAGAAGGCUACCAACUGCUAUGAGAGAUUGGCCUGCAUAUAUUGAUUUAAAAAAGAAAAUCGAUGAUUUUAACGAGACUUGUCCACUGUUAGAGUUAAUGGCAAAUAAGGCAAUGCAAGAAAGACAUUGGAAAAGAAUGUCUAAGCUGUGUAAAUAUAACUUUGACGUCGAGUCAGAAACUUUCACUUUAGCAAGUGUAAUACAAGCUCCUUUGUUGAAAUAUAAAGACGACGUUGAGGAUAUAUGUAUCAGUGCUGGGAAGGAAUUGGACAUAGACAGUAAAUUGAAACAAAUAGUUGCUGAAUGGGCUACGGUAGAUUUGCAAUUCUCUCAUUUUAAGCAAAGAGGAGAACUUCUUUUGAAGGGUACAGAAACAGCUGAGAUAAUAUCUCAAUUAGAAGAUAGCUUGAUGGUGAUCAGUUCUCUCUUGGCUAAUCGAUAUAAUGCACCAUUUAAAAAAGAUAUCCAACUGUGGCAAUUCAAACUCAGUAAUACCUCUGAAAUAUUAGCAAAAUGGCUAACUGUGCAAAAUUUGUGGGCCUACUUGGAGGCAGUGUUUAUUGGUGGUGAUAUAUCUAAACAACUUCCAGCAGAAGCAAAACGAUUUAAUAAUAUUGAUAAAGCUUGGGUAAAAAUUAUGUAUCGAGCACGCGAGAGACUCAAUGCCGUAGAGACAUGUACUGGCGAUGAAACAAUGGGUCAAUUUUUACCUCAUUUAUUGGAGCAACUGGAAUCUUGUCAAAAGUCUCUUAGUGGAUAUUUGGAGACAAAAAGAAGUAUAUUCCCAAGGUUUUGCUUUAUAUCAGAUCCUACACUGUUAGAGAUAUUAGGACAAGCAGCUGACUGCCACACUAUACAGAAAUAUCUUGAUGGCUUCUUUGACAAUAUAGGAAAGUUAGAAUUUGCGGAGAAAGAAUAUGAAAAAAUUGUUGCCAUGUAUUCUCGUGAAAAUGAACGUAUAGUACUAGAAAAGGAAGUUAUAUGUACAGGAGGUGUAGAGAAUUGGCUAAAUACUUUGCUAAUAGUUCAUCAACAGUCAGUCGGUAGUGUAAUCUCCCAAGGAUUACAGACUUUGAGUUUAGAUGAAUUUGACUUGAUACAAUUAAUAGACAAUUCUGUUUUACAAGUGGGGUUGCUAAGUUUGCAAGUUUUGUGGACUCGCGAUUCUGAAAUAGCACUGAAUACAGUGAAACGGGACAGAACAGUGAUGAAGAAGACAAAUCAGUGGUUUCUUGAUUUAUUAAAUCUUCUCAUUGAAGUAACCGUAAAAGAUCUAACUAAAUAUGCAAGAUCUAAAGAUAUAUUUGAUGAGCUGUGCCGAUCUAGAAUUCGCAAUGCACAAGAUUUUGAAUGGUUAAAGCAAAUUAGAUUUUAUUACAAUUCUGAGACUGAAGAUAUUCCUAUAAAAAUCACUGAUAUAGAUUUCGUUUAUCAGAAUGAAUUUUUAGGGUGUACUGAUCGUCUUGCUAUUACACCUCUUACAGAUAGAUGUUACAUUACAUUGGCCCAAGCUGUGGGCAUGAAUUUUGGCGGUGCACCAGCUGGUCCUGCCGGUACUGGAAAAACAGAGACCACUAAAGAUAUGGGGAAGGCUCUUGGAAAGUACGUGGUUGUGUUUAAUUGUUCUGAUCAAAUGGAUUUUCGUGGUCUCGGUAGAAUAUUUAAGGGAUUAGCUAUGUCUGGUUCAUGGGGAUGUUUUGAUGAAUUUAAUCGCAUCGAUUUACCUGUUCUAUCUGUGGCUGCUCAGCAAAUAGCAAUUGUGCUUACGGCACGGAAAGAAAGAAAAACAUCUUUUUUAUUUAGUGAUGGCGAAACAUAUAAAAUAAACUAUGAAUUCGGAUUGUUUAUUACAAUGAAUCCUGGCUAUGCUGGUCGCCAAGAGUUACCAGAGAAUUUGAAAAUACAAUUUAGAAGUGUGGCUAUGAUGGUUCCCGACAGACAAAUAAUUAUGCGUGUAAAAUUAGCAGCCUGUGGUUUCAAAGAAAAUGUGUUAUUAUCACGAAAGUUCUUUACAUUGUAUAAGUUGUGUGAAGAACAACUCAGUAAACAAGUGCAUUACGAUUUUGGACUAAGAAACAUACUGUCUUGCUUAAGAACUCUCGGGGCACAAAAACGAGCAAAUCCUACAGACUCGGAAGAAACUACCCUUAUGAGGGUGUUAAGAGAUAUGAAUUUAUCGAAACUGGUGGAUGAAGAUGAGCCUCUGUUUAUGUCCCUUAUAGAAGACAUGUUUCCUGGAAUUAAACUCAGAACUCAAACAUACAAGGACUUGCAGAAAGCAAUAGCAAACGCAACUAAUGCACUUGGUAUAAUGAAUCAUCCAGAAUGGAAUUUGAAAGUAGUUCAAUUAUAUGAGACUUCUCUUGUACGCCAUGGUUUAAUGGUUCUUGGACCAACUGGUGCUGGAAAGACUCAAUGUAUGUGGGUUUUAAUGAAGGCUCUUACAGAGAUGGGUAUGCCACAUAAAGAAGUCAGAAUGAAUCCAAAAGCUAUUACUGCUUCCCAAAUGUUUGGAAGAUUAGAUGUUGCAACAAAUGAUUGGACAGAUGGUAUAUUCUCUACUCUAUGGAGGAGAUCAACGCAAAUAAAGAAAACAGACAACUUGUGGAUCGUUUUGGACGGACCUGUGGAUGCAGUUUGGAUUGAAAACUUGAAUUCUGUGUUAGAUGAUAAUAAAACUUUGACUCUGGCUAACGGCGAUCGAAUAGUAAUGGUUCCGAAUUCAAAGUUGGUUUUUGAGCCAGAUAAUGUCGACAAUGCAUCCCCAGCAACAAUAUCGAGAAUGGGAAUGGUGUUUAUGAGUGCUUCUGUAUUAAAAUGGAGUCCAAUUUUAGAGGGGUGGUUCAAAAAACGACCACCUACAGAAGCAACGGUAUUGCGCAAUUUGUUUAAUAAACUAUACAACGAUGCCCAUACUUUUGUUCAGACAAAGCUUCCAGUAAAAAUGAAGCUCUUGGAAGCAAUCUAUAUAAGACAAUGUAUUGAUUUAUUAGAAGGUUUACUCGGCGAAGAUACACUUACGACGUAUCAUAUUGAGAAGAUAUUUCUGUUUUCUGUUAUGUGGAGUUUGGGAGCUGUAUUAGAGUUAGAAGAACGUAAUGCUUUGCAAGAAUUUUUAGUCAAUCACGAGUCGAAGUGCAAUUGGCCACGAAUAAAAGAAGAUGAAACUAUUUUUGAGUAUUUAGUAUCUGAUAAUGGAGAUUGGCUACAUUGGUCUGCGAGAGUUCCAGAAUUUAUAUACCCCUCAGAUGAAGUUUUACCAUAUCAUUCGAUUCUUGUUCCAAACAUAGACAAUACAAGAACGAUGUUUUUAAUUGAUACUAUCGCGAAGCAAAGAAAGGCAGUGUUACUGAUAGGAGAACAGGGUACUGCAAAGACUGUAAUGAUUAAAAGUUAUAUGUCUCAAUACGACCCUGAAAAGCACCUACAUAAGUCUUUCAGUUUUUCAUCGGCAUCAACGCCUAACAUGGUUCAACGCGUAUUCGAAAGCUAUGUGGAAAAAAGGGUUGGGACAACUUAUGGUCCACCAGGAGGCCGUCAAAUGACCAUUUUUAUCGAUGAUAUAAAUAUGCCAGCUAUAAACGAAUGGGGCGAUCAAAUUACUAAUGAGAUUGUUCGUCAAUUGAUGGAAUAUAAAGGGUUCUAUUCCUUAGAUAAGCCCGGCGAUUUUUCUAUUAUACAAGAUAUUCAACUAGUUGCCGCAAUGAUUCAUCCAGGUGGUGGAAGAAAUGAUAUUCCUCCAAGGCUAAAACGACAGUAUAAUAUCUUUAAUUGCACAUUGCCGUCGAAUAAAUCGAUGGAUACUAUAUUCAGAAGUAUUGGUCAAGGAUAUUUUUGCGAUACCAGAUUCGACGACACUAUUGUCAACUUCUUACCAAAGUUGAUACCUUUAACCAGAGUUCUGUGGCAGCAAACGAAGUUGAAGAUGUUGCCAACGCCAGCAAAGUUUCAUUAUGUUUUCAACUUAAGAGAUUUAUCUCGAAUUUGGGAGGGGAUCCUUAGGAUAGAGAAAAAUGAAUGUUAUUCUGCAACUGUUCUGUUGAAGCUCUGGCAGCAUGAAUGUCUUCGCGUAAUCGCAGAUAGAUUCACUAGCGAGGCAGACACUAAAUGGUUUAAAAGCACCAUGAAACAUACAGCUGAGAAAAUGUUGGGUCAUGACUUUAAACACUAUGUUCCAACAGAAACAUACUUUGUCGAUUUCUUACGUGAACCACCCGAGCCUACUGGAGAUGAGCCAGAGGACUUUGUGUUUGAAGCACCAAAGAUCUAUGAAGAAAUACCAAGUUAUGAAAUUGUAAUAGAAAAAGUCCGACAAAAUAUGGAACAGUUUAAUGAGUAUAUUCGUGGAAUUCAUCUUGAUUUGGUAUUUUUCCAAGACGCUUUAAUACAUUUAAUUCGUAUAUCACGGAUACUCGGAGUUCCCAGAAGUAAUGCCAUGUUAGUAGGAGUUGGAGGUUCAGGGAAGCAAAGUUCUUUAAUGGAAGACCUUCGGUUGCUCUAUCGUACUUCUGGUACAGGCAGCAAAGGACACACUUUUAUAUUUACCGAUAACGAGAUAAAAGAAGAAGGCUUUUUAGAAUACAUAAAUAAUAUUCUCAGUGUUGGGGAAGUUGCAAAUCUUUUUCCAGCGGAUGAACUCGAUGAUAUUUUAUCAACUGUUACGCCUUUAAUGAAAGUUGAUGAACCAAGACGACCACCAACGCCGGACAAUCUUUAUGAUUAUUUCAUAUCGCGAGCUAGAAACAAUUUACACGUAGUUUUAUGCUUCUCGCCGGUUGGUGAGAAAUUUAGAUCACGAGCACUUAAGUUUCCUGGUCUUAUUUCUGGUUGUACAAUAAACUGGUUCUGGAGGUGGCCCCGAGAUGCCCUAUAUGCGGUUGGAGAUCACUUCCUGAAGAAAUUUAAAGUUAUUUGCUCAUCAGAGGUAAAGCAACAGCUGAUUGAAGUGAUGGGAGACAUCCAGGAUGAUGUUAACAACAUUUGCGUGGAAUACUUUGAUAGAUUCAGAAGACAAGUGUAUGUCACUCCAAAAUCAUUCUUAACAUUUUUGAGCGGAUACAAGACUCUUUAUAAACAACGUUUGGAUAAUAUUAAUACUCUAGCUUUCCGUAUGAGUAAUGGUUUAAAUAAAUUAGUAGAUGCUGCAGCUCAAGUCGACGAAUUAAGGAAAGUAUUGGAGAAGAAUCAACAGGAGAUUGCUCAGAAGAAUGUCCAAGUGGAAGCUAUUUUGGUUACUGUUAACGAGAAAAAGCAAGAGGCAGAAACAGUUAAGGCUCACGUUCAAGUUACCAAAGAUGAGGCGGAAGCCCUUUUGAAAGUAAUAGCAAAAGAGAAAGGGAUAGCAGAGAGAAAAUUGAAAGCUGCAGAGCCUGCUUUAUUGGCUGCAGAAGCUGCGUUACAAACUAUUAAAGCAGCUGAUAUUGCAACAGUACGUAAACUAGGUAAACCACCAUAUCUUAUCACGCUUAUAAUGGACUGUGUUUUAAUACUUUUUGGAAGAAAAUUAGAAUCAGUAAAACCUGACUAUGAACGGCAAUUUUUAGUGCCAUCUUGGUCUGAAGCAUUAAAGGUACUGGCUGAUACUAGGUUCCUCUUUAACUUACAAAAUUUCCCAAAGGACAACAUUAAUGCAGAAACAGUUGAUUUGAUGCAACCGUAUUUAAAUUACCAUUUGUACACUUAUGAAGCUGCAAAGCAAGCAUGUGGCAAUGUUGCUGGUCUUAUACAAUGGACCAUUUCUAUGGUUACAUUCUACGAGAUAAAUAAAGACGUUCUUCCUUUAAAAGCAAAUUUGGCUGUACAAGAAAACAAGUAUGAGAAGGCGAAUCGAAAUUUAAAUGAAGCUGAGAGUCUCCUCAGAGCAAAAGAUGAAGAUUUAAAGAUUGUACAAAAAGAGUUCGAUGGCGUUAUGGAAGAACGUCAAGCGAUAGUUGAUCUAGCUGAAGCUUGUCAAGCAAAAACGGAUACAGCGACUGCAAUGAUCGAAGGACUUUCUGGAGAAAGGAUCAGAUGGACAGAGCAAUUAGCAACAUUUAAAUCAGAAACGGACCGUCUUGUUGGAGAUGUAUUGAUUCUAAUGGGUUUCUUAUCAUAUUGUGGGCCAUUUAACCAGGAAUUUAGGACUCUCUUGCAACGCAAAUGGUUUGACUUCAUCCAAGCUAGAAAAAUUCCAAUAUCUGUCAUAAUAAACAUAUCAGCCUCGCUGACUGAUACUGCUACUAUUGGAGAAUGGAGCUUACAAGGUUUACCAACAGACGAUUUGUCAAUUCAAAAUGGGAUCAUAGUAACAAAAGCAUCCAGAUAUCCUCUUUUAAUUGAUCCUCAAUUACAAGGGAAAGCAUGGAUUAAGAAUAAAGAAGAGGACUUUAACUUACAGCCGACACUGCUUACUCAUAAAUAUUUCCGAAAUCAUUUGGAGGAUUGUGUUUCUCUUGGUCGCCCUUUACUUAUUGAGGAUGUAGGAGAAGUACUGGAUCCCGUACUAGAUAAUUUAUUAGAGAAAAAUUUUAUUAAAAUUGGAACAUCUUUAAAGGUCAAAUUAGGUGAUAAAGAAGUAGACAUUCAUUUAGAUUUUAGACUGUACAUCACCACAAAAUUACCAAAUCCAUCAUACACACCAGAAGUCUUUGCUCGUACUGCUAUAAUUGAUUUUACUGUUACCAUAAAGGGUUUAGAAGAUCAACUUUUAGGAAGAGUUAUUUUAACAGAGAGAAAAGAACUUGAAACAGAGAAGACACAGUUAAUUGCAAACGUGACUGCAAACAAUAGGAAGAUUAAAGAAUUGGAAACAAAUCUGUUACAUAAAUUGACCACUGUUGAGGGACCUUUAAUAGAAGAUGUAGAACUAAUGUCUGUGUUGAAUACUACAAAACAAACUGCAGCUGAGAUAACCGAGAAGCUAAGCAUUGCAAAGGAUACAGAAUUAAGAAUUGAUACAGCACGAGAAGAAUUUAGGCCAGUUGCAACUCGUGGCAGUGUCCUUUAUUUCUUGAUCUGCGACAUGGCCUUAGUAAAUUGCAUGUAUCAAACAUCCCUGGUUCAAUUCUUGGAGCGUUUCGACAUUUCUAUGGAAAGAUCUGAAAGAAGUCCAGUCAAUCAAAGGAGAAUAAACUACAUUAUCGAGUACCUUACGUACGAGAUAUUUAGAUAUAAAGCACGUGGUCUUUACGAAAUCCACAAAUACAUGUUUAUCUUAUUAAUGACGCUAAAAAUUGAUCUACAACAAGAAGCCAUUUCUUACGACGAAUUUCAGUAUUUCAUUAAGGGUGGUGCAGCUUUAGACUUAAACACUGUUCAACCGAAGCCAUGCAAAUGGAUUUCUGAUGUCACUUGGCUCAAUUUAGUUGCACUGUCUUCAUUGAGACAAUUCCAGUACAUUCUUUCUCAAGUACCAACUUCUGAGAAACAAUGGAAACAGUGGUUUGACAAAGAAGCUCCAGAGGAGGAAGUCAUACCAAAUGGAUACAACAUUUUGGAUAGUUUCCGACGUUUGUUGUUAAUAAGAGCCUGGUGUAUAGAUAGAACAUUGUCUCAGUCAAGAAAGUAUAUAGCGAGUUCGUUGGGUGAACGAUAUGCAGAACCUGUUAUCACUCUUUUAGAUGUAAUGCAUAGUGAAUCAAGGCCAAAUACACCAAUGGUAUGCUUCUUAAGCAUGGGGUCUGAUCCUACUCCUAGCAUUCAACAACUUGCGAGGAAGAAGGAGAUUAUGUGUAAAAGUAUUUCGAUGGGCCAAGGUCAGGAGGUUCAUGCACGAAGAUUGCUUCAAAGUGCAAAAACUGAAGGUUUCUGGGCAUUGUGUCAGAAUUGUCACUUGGGUUUAGAUUAUAUGGUAGAAGUAACAAGUUUUCUAUUGGACAUGGAAGCACCGCAUCCUGAUUUUCGUAUAUGGAUAACCACUGAACCACAUAAAGAUUUUCCAAUUUCCCUUCUUCAAAUGUCCAUAAAAUAUACUUAUGAACCUCCGCAAGGAGUAAGAGCAGGUUUACUUUCCACGUAUAGUGGUAUGAAUCAAGAGAUGCUAGACCAAUGUGAUGCUGCACAGUAUAUACCAAUUAUUUAUACCGUAUCAUUUUUGCACACUGUUGUUCAAGAACGACGAAAGUUUGGUCCCCUUGGAUGGAAUAUUCCAUACGAAUUUAAUAUGGCUGAUUGGUUGGCAUCUUGUAUGUUCAUUAAUAAUCAUUUAAAUGAUUUUGAUGUGAAGCAAGGGAUUAGCUGGUCAACUAUUAGAUAUAUGAUAGGGGAAGUCCAGUACGGUGGACGUGUGACUGAUGACUAUGAUAAAAGACUAUUGAAUACAUUUGCUAAACUUUGGUUUUCAGAAGCAAUUUUUACUGAAGAUUUUGUAUUUUUCAAGGGGUAUCCUGUACUUGUCCAUAAACAAGUUACAGAUUAUUUGAAAAUAAUAGAUGAAAUGCCUACUGUAGACCCACCCCAAGUUUACGGUUUACACCGUAAUGCGGAUAUUACAUAUCAGAGUAAUACGACCCAAACUGUGUUAGACACAAUAAUGUCUGUGCAACCAAAGGAAGCAGGAGUUGGUGGUGGUGAAUCUAGAGAAGCAAUUGUAACAAAACAGGCAAAAGAAAUGUUAAAGAAAUUACCCCCCAUGUAUGAUCCAUUUGAAGUGAAACAGAGAUUGCAGAUACUAGGCACAACUGCACCAAUGAAUAUUUUCUUGAAGCAAGAAAUAGACAGGAUACAAAUAGUUAUUAAAUUGGUUAAUAUUGUUCUUAAGGACCUUCUUCUUGCCAUAGAGGGUGUCAUUAUAAUGAGCGAGGAAUUGAGAGACUCUCUUGAUAGUAUAUACGAUGCCAGAAUACCAAAAACGUGGAAAAUGAAAUCGUGGGAAUCUUCAUCUCUUGGAUUCUGGUUUACAGAAUUGUUAGAUAGAAACAAACAAUUUUCAACUUGGUUGUUCUCUGGUAGGCCAGCUAAAUUUUGGAUGACUGGUUUCUUUAAUCCUCAAGGAUUUUUAACAGCUAUGAGACAAGAGGUAACAAGGGCUCAUAAAGGAUGGGCUCUGGAUAAUGUAACACUUCACAAUGAAGUUCUACGUUAUACAGCAGAUGAAGUGAAAACUCCACCUUCAGAGGGAGUUUAUGUGUAUGGAUUAUUCCUAGAAGGAGCUGGCUGGGAUAAAAGGAACAACAGACUGUGUGAAUCAGCAAAUAAAGUUCUGUUUGUCCUAAUGCCUGCAAUUCAUAUUUAUGCCCUUUACAACAUCCCUGACAAAGACCCUAAAUUAUAUCAGUGUCCAGUAUAUAAAAAGCCACAAAGGACGUAUGCACAAUUGAUAACACCGUUGUGGUUGCAAACAAUUAGACCUCCCGACUUUUGGGUCUUACGUGGAGUAGCAUUAUUAUGUGACAUUAAAUAA